AAGACCAAAUCCUUCCCAAAAUGUGACAUACUAAAGGCACAUGGUGAUGUGUUGGAGAAGCCUAAAAGUGAGCAAGCUUGAGUACACUUUUUCUGACCACCUAAGUACUCAGAGACUUUGCGGUCGCUUUAAAUGCGUUCUCAAGCCUCAGCGUUCCCAUCGCGAGAACUCACGGAACCAGGCUCCCGGCGGUCCCCGAGCCUGCCCGCGGACCCCAGCACGCAUGCGCACGCCGGGCAGUACUCAUGCUGCCUGCACGCCUGGCCCGCCCGCUGCUGUGCGGUGUCCUGCGGGGGUCAGCGUCUGCCCAGGCGCGCCAUGGCUUCCUGGAAAGGAAGUGCGCGGCUGCCUCCUCCUUUCUGCGCGGUAGGCGUCAUCGGGGCCCCGCGGCAACUGGGGAUCUGGAAAGAGUCAUCGGCGUGGAGGAGCAGUUUCUGUUCCCCGAGUAUAUCCUGGAGCCAGAGCCCGCGCCCACCCCUGAGGAGCAGAUACAGGAGCUGGUGCAGCGGCAGCAAGAGGAAGAGCGACAGCGGCGGCAGCGGCUGGACGAGCGGCUACAGCGGAAGCUACGGGUUGGAGGCCGCGCGUCCCCGGCCCCCGCGCUCGUAGGCCCCAAGCAGCUCAUUGUUCUGGGGAACAAAUUGGACCUGCUGCCCCAGGAUGCACCCGGCUACCGGCAGCGGCUCCGGGACCGGCUGUGGGACGACUGCAUUCGCGCGGGGCUCCUGCCCGCCCCUGGUCACCAGGGGCCACAACACACCGGCCGAGACGGGGAUGGGGACGGGGAGAAGAACGAGAAUCCGUCGGGCAGGUCCUGCACUCUGGUCAGGGACGUGCGUCUGAUUAGCGCCAAAACCGGCUACGGGAUCGAAGAAUUGAUUUCCGCACUUCAGAGCUCUUGGCGCUACCGCGGCGACGUCUACCUGGUGGGCAGUACCAACGCCGGCAAAUCCACCCUCUUCAACACUCUCCUGGAGUCCGAUUACUGCACCGCCAAGGGCUCUGAGGCCAUCGACAGGGCCACCAUCUCCCCUUGGCCAGGUACCACAUUAAAUCUUCUGAAGUUUCCUAUUUGCAACCCAACUCCUUACAGGAUGUUUGAAAGACAAAAAAGACUUAAAAGCGAUGCAAGUAAAUCAGAAGAAGAUCUUAAUGAGCAAGAACAAAAUCAAUUGAAUGUCUUGAAAAAGCACGGUUAUGUAGUAGGAAGAGUUGGAAGAACAUUCUUGUAUUCAAAAGAACAGAAGAAUGAAUUUGAGUUUGAUCCUGAUUCACUUGCCUUUGACAUGGGAAAUGAGCCUGUUGCAGCUGUGGACAAACCCAUCAAACGAGUAGAAUUGACCCCACAAGAUGUAAAAGAUGCUCACUGGUUUUAUGACACCCCUGGAAUUACGAAAGAAAACUGUAUUUUAAAUCUUCUAACAGAAAAAGAAGUAAGUAUUGUUUUGCCAACACAUUCCAUUGUUCCAAGAACCUUUGUGCUUAAACCAGGAAUGGUUCUCUUUCUGGGUGCCAUAGGCCGCAUCGAUUUCCUGCAGGGAAAUCACUCAGCUUGGUUUACAGUUGUGGCUUCCGACUUCCUCCCAGUGCAUAUUACUUACCUGGAAAAGGCAGAUGCUGUGUAUCAGAAGCACGCAGGUCACUCAUUGCUCCAGGUUCCAAUGGGUGGAGAAGAACGAAUGGCAGAAUUUCCUCCUCUUGUUGCUGAAGACAUUACAUUAAAAGAAGGACUUGGAAGAUCUGAAGCAGUGGCUGACAUCAAGUUUUCCUCUGCAGGUUGGGUUGCAGUAACGCCUCAUUUUCAAGACAGACUACAUCUCCGAGGCUAUGCACCUGAAGGAACAGUUCUGACUGUCCGGCCUCCUCUCUUGCCAUACAUUGUUAACAUCAAAGGAGAACGAAUCAAGAGAAGUGUGGCUUACAAAACCAAGAAACCUCCUUCCCUUGUGUACAAUCUGCAGAAGAAGAAAAACAAAUAAAUAUGUGAGAUAGACCUGGUUCACAGCGGAUGUAAACUAUAUUAGACGGUAGUAAUAGCCACUGAAAUUGCAGUAUAUAUAGGUAUAAUAAACUCCUGCCACUCUUUCUAAGGGUAUAAUGUUGACUUUUUUAAGGACUGUGCUUGCAAGGCAGGUGGUAGCACCACUGAGCUAAAUCCACACUUCAUAGCCUGCAACAGUUUGAGUGUACUUUAAAUUCUGCCUACCAAACCUCUUUGUGCCUUUUAAAGGGUUGGAGUGAUCCCAGGUAGUCAGAAAGCUGAAGUAGAUUCCAGAACAGCCUGGGAGAUUUAGGGAGAUACGACUAGAAAAGUAGAUUUUAAAAAAAGUCGCCUAGCAUGAAUGAGGUUCUGGGUUCAGUCCACAGUAGCAGAAGAAAGGGAGGAGGGGAGGCAUUGCACACAUCAGUUCAGAGUCCAUUAACCAACAGUCACAUGGCCACACCCACCCGCAUAGAAGCUGGGAAGGGAGGGAUGUGGGAACCAUGUGGGGUUUUUAUUGGGGACGGAGGGAGAGUGGCUAGAGAACAAGUAGGAAAUUACCUUUUAAAGUGCCUGAAAGUCUUAGAUGAAAGAGCAUCCCGACUCCUGUGGUUCUGCUCCACAUCUAAGCACAUUAGCCAUGUAUUAGUGUUUGUCUUUAUGGAACAGAGGUCUUUACCUUUUGUUACGUAAUCCCCUCCCAUGUACAUCCUGCAGCUGUGUACAAUGAAUGUGCAACACAUGAAGUGCCAGACCCCAGUGCAGAAAUAAAAGCUCGUGGGAUAGUUGGACUGAAAAUAGGGCUGGGGAUUUAGCUCUGUGCUGAAUCCUCUCCUGAAUCUCACCACCUUCCUCUUAAGCGCAAAGUCCCGAGUUAGAGCCCCUGUACCAAAUAAAUAAAAAUAAAAUACAGUUACAUAGAUGAGCAAGAGACCCAUGUUCUCACCCCUCUGUACCUCACAGUCACCUGUCUACUCCCCAUCCCCAACAUCU